AUGCCAGGCCGGGCGGAGCCGUCGGGGGGAAGCGCGGCGGCGGGGCCGGUGGCCGUGCCCGUACCGGUGGCACCCGGGGCGACGGCGAGGCCAGGCGGCGCAGGGCUGCGGGCCAAGGGCUUCGCCAUCACCGACCUGCUGGGGCUGGAAGCCGAAUUGCAGCCGCCCCCUGGGCCCCUCCCUGCCGCCGCCGCGGCUGGCUACGAGGGCGGCGGGGCGCUGGGGCUGGGACUGGGGCUGCUGUGCGGCCUGGGGGGGCCGGGUACCCCGUGCCUGCUGCCCGCCCCGCUGCCGCUCCUGCCCGCCCGCGGCCCUCGCCCGCCCCCCGGGCCGGCGCCCGCCGCCCGCCGCCACAAGGAGAACAUCUCCGAUGAGGACAGCCUGUCGGGGGACGCCAGUGACCUGAAGAUGUCAGCCUCUCAGAUCAAGAGGAAGAAACGCCGGCACAGGACGGUGUUCACAGCUCACCAGCUGGAGGAGCUGGAGAAAGCUUUCAACGAAGCUCACUACCCCGACGUCUAUGCCCGGGAGAUGCUGGCGGUGAAGACGGAGCUGCCAGAGGACAGGAUACAGGUUUGGUUUCAGAACCGAAGAGCCAAGUGGCGGAAGCGGGAGAAGUGCUGGGGCCGGAGCAGCGUGAUGGCAGAGUAUGGCCUCUACGGGGCCAUGGUGAGGCACUCCAUCCCUCUGCCCGAGUCCAUCAUCAACUCUGCCAAGAGCGGGCUGGUGGGAUCCUGCGCCCCGUGGCUGCUGGGCAUGCACAAAAAGUCCAUGGAGGUGAGCAGGAAGGCGGAGAGCCAAGAGAAGCUGGCAGAUGGCUGGCGAGCGGAGCAGGAGGAGGAGGAACUAAAAGGGAAGCAGGCCAGUUCCCAGAGGGGCUCUGACAAGCUUGGCCCUGCAAAAGAUUCGGAGGACACAGCUAUUGACCUCUCCAGGACAGCCAAGCAUGAGAAGAGGGGCGUACUGAGGCAAUGCAUCAACGGGGACCCCCCUACGGAGCAGAAGGACAGGGACCACUGA